AUGCUUGCAAGUCGACCACGGUUUCAACGUAGACCAAACCCUCGCCUACGGAUUCAACCACGACCGCAUCAUCGCCCUCCGAUUGGCAUUAUCGGAAGUGUGGUAAAUGGCGGCGUCUUUUCUACUGGAGUUGGCAUUUGGACUGGAGUUUUUAUCGUUGCCGCUGGUGUCUUCAUUCUUAUUCUUAAUUGGGUAAAAUCUGUUCGCUUGUGGGCCCUCGUAGCAUUGUGCACAACCGUUGUCGCCACUGCUUUUGCAAUCAUUGAGUUCUCAAUAAAUGCCCGUAGAGUUCAAUUAGCAUCAGACGCUGGUAUUUUUGGCGUUAGUAACUCGCGUGUAGCCAGUAUAGGUGGAUUACCAGCUGCACAACUUGCACUAGGCAUUGUCGUCUUUUUACUCUGUCUUGCUUUUAUCGGUCUAUACAUAUAUAUUGCCGUCAAGGUUUCAAGUCGCAGAUCUGAUCGACAACAACAACAACAAAUUGUUUAUCCAGUUCAACAACCAUAG